AUGGCUUGCGACAACAACCUUAGGACAAUCGGCCGUCGUACCGUCAAGACAGACCCCAAGAAAUGUUUCUGCAAUUUUCCUUAUAUAUGCGUAUUAAGUGAAGGCGGAACCAAGGUGCGUGUGAAGCAAGAAGCCAAGGUGCGUGUGAAGCAAGAAGCCAAGGUGCGUGUGAAGCAAGAAGCCAAGGUGCGUGUGAAGCAAGAAGCCAAGGUGCGUGUGAAGCAAGAAGCCAAGGUGCGUGUGAAGCAAGAAGCCAAGGUGCGUGUGAAGCAAGAAGCCAAGCAAGAAGCCAAGGUGCGUGUGAAGCAAGAAGCCAAGGUGCGUGUGAAGCAAGAAGCCAAGGUGCGUGUGAAGCAAGAAGCCAAGGUGCGUGUGAAGCAAGAAGCCAAGGUGCGUGUGAAGCAAGAAGCCAAGGUGCGUGUGAAGCAAGAAGCCAAGGUGCGUGUGAAGCAAGAAGCCAAGGUGCGUGUGAAGCAAGAAGCCAAGGUGCGUGUGAAGCAAGAAGCAAAGGUGCGUGUGAAGCAAGAAGCCAAGGUGCGUGUGAAGCAAGAAGCCAAGGUGCGUGUGAAGCAAGAAGCCAAGGUGCGUGUGAAGCAAGAAGCCAAGGUGCGUGUGAAGCAAGAAGCCAAGGUGUGCGUGAAGCAAGAAACCAAGGUGUGCGUGAAGCAAGAAGCCAAGGUGCGUGUGAAGCAAGAAGCCAAGGUGCGUGUGAAGCAAGAAGCCAAGGUGUGCGUGAAGCAAGAAGCCAAGGUGUGUGUGAAGCAAGAAGCCAAGGUGUGUGUGAAGCAAGAAGCCAAGGUGCGUGUGAAGCAAGAAGCCAAGGUGCAUGUGAAGCAAGAAGCCAAGGUGCGUGUGAAGCAAGAAGCCAAGGUGUGCGUGAAGCAAGAACACGAGAUUUUCAUCGACCACAGAUCGUGA